AAACUGUGUAUUCCACCACCGCCAAGCUUCUGACACAACAGAUACUUGGCUUCUUUUCUAUUUUUUUUUCUUUCUCUUCUUCGUCUCCUUUCUUACUCACCCUCAAUUGUACCUCUUCCCACCGCCAUUGUUUCGUAGAGCUUCCACCGUUUCAUUUUCCUUCUGCAUCCCUUCAAUGCGAUUCUUACCCUUUUCGUUUUAAUUCUGUAAAUCAUCCGUCGAUGUGCUCCACCGCCUGGCUACAUAACCAAUUGUUUUGGGCCAACCCGCUAUUAUAUGCCCAUUUUUUUCUGUAUCUAACCUAAUCGGAAGGACUUCCAAGUUCCAUCGUUUCUAUUCUUCCCUCUCCCUACUGUAGAAAAUCGACCGACACUUCUAUCUCACAUACCAAACCCCUCUGCCUCUAAACUCCUCUCAUACUCGAAUUCCCUCUCAUACUCGAAUUCCCCUACGUUUGUAGAGAACGGUGAUUUCAGGGAAACGAUCAGACCCUACUGUUCUCACUUAUGCUUCUCCUCGACCGCCAUCGAAGGACCAGUGCACCACCACUCUUUCUUUGCCCUCACACCGCAUCGACAGCAAUACAAACGUACGAAGGCGCUGAUUCAUAUGUCUAAUUGUGAUCUUUUAGGGUUUAUCCACGUCGUUUCAGAUAAAAUAUCCUCAACAGAGAAACGACUUUAAGCUGGAUUUCUUGAUUUCCAAAGAUGUUAUAUUCCAGCGACGGACUGUCGGUCGUCUUGAUGGAUAUAAAUUUUGAACGAUAGUUGACUAUUUUACCUUUUGUAAGUGGUUUUAAUGUUUGGUUUUAUGAUGUCUUAGGACAUAAAAGAACUUGAUUUCUACUUGAAGUAGCUGCAGAACAGGGCAGAAGAGAGCUUAAACAAUCUUAGUUUAUGAUCAAGUCUUCUUUUAUAUCUCAUUUAAUUUAAUUUGACCUGAAUUUUGUUUGACUUAAUGAAUUUUGAAUGGAUCAUGUUAGUUCUAUCUCCAUGGAUCCGUGAUUUUGAUACCAAUAAUCCAAUUUUAAUGUUAUAUUUUAUUUCACUAAUUUUUGUUGAUAAAACUCAGCUCUUAAAUGAGUAAAGCCUAAAUGGAAAGCAUUAUGUAAAAAAGGAGACCAGAUGGAUUAGAAUUAGGACAGGAGUAGCUGCAACAACUAAAAUGAUCACUAUGGCUCUAUGUUGCACGAAUUAUAAAAAUGUCAACUUUAUUAUCAAUAUUCAACACCUACAAAUUUUGAAAAAGGUAUUCAUACUUUUAUUAUCAACUCUCCUAUCUUUUAAUAUUUCUUAUUAAAGUAUUGAUAUUAAACUUCUCCAUAUUUUCCUAUAAUAUUUGACUGUUGGCACCAGGAUGGUGAUGUGGGUCCCAUGCCUGGUACAACCAACAUUGAAAACCUGAACCAGAACAAGGAUUUGGCUGGCCUUUAAUGGAUCAGAGAGGCUAUUGGUGUUUGUGCUGGUAUAUGCCCCUUCAACUUCCCAACAAUGAUUCCUUUGUGGGUUUGAAAGAAUUUGAAGGGGGUGAGAGAGAAUGACUGAAUGACCUAUUGCUCAGAUGACACAAAAUUACGAUCGAUGCAAUCAAACAACCCAAAAAGGGGGGUAAAUGGGAGCAGUAGAUAACAAGGAAAUAAAUCUUUGCUUGUGUGAUCAUCGGAAUACACACCAUGAACCAUUAUGUUUAGCAAACACAAUUAGAAGCAAUGACGAGUGAUAUGACAAUACUACAAGCAAACACAACUAGAGGCAAUGACGAGUGAAAAAGUUGCAGCAGAAUUCCAAUUAUAGAAGAAGAUGAAAAAUAUAUCAAAUAUAUGCAAAAGCUGAAACCGUUUGCACUUUCUCUCUCUACUCGCUCUCUCUAACUGACGCAGUGUUCUCGGAGUGAUUUCGUCGGUGUUUCUUCAUCGGUGAGCUGUUAAUCUCAUUGCUGGAGUAUCUUCUCAUCUAUUUCCGUAGUCUCAAUGGGAGCAUCAUCCAAACCGGAUCGAUUGAAAGAUGUGAAGGUGAAACCUCCGGACAAAAGUGUUGUGGUCCGGUAUAGUAGAUCGGAUGUCGAUGUGAAUGAAAUGGUACCUCCUGGUGUUAUUGAGAAGACUUAUGCAGCUCUUUACAGAGCUCGACGUAAACCAACUGUGACGGGAGUUGUUGCUACUGGGAUUGGGAAGGCUGGAUGGAAGAUGGAGGGUAAAGCUUUCAGAGUUAAGAAUCGGGCAAGGAAAGCUAUGGAUCGUGCAUCUCCAAUGGAUGCGGAAGGGUAUAUUGAGGAAUUUGAGACUGAAGAUGAAACGGAGUGGGAAUCAGGGAGUGAAGGGAUAUGGGAAUCUGACUUGAGUAGUCAACUAAUAGCCAAUAAGGAGUAUCAAAAUAAGGAGGAUAUGAAGGCUGAAGGUAAUAAGAAUUUAGCUGGGGGAAAGCAAUCUAUCUGUCCUGUGAUUCAGAUGAAGAUUCAGAUACCUUCAGGUAACACAGCUCUAUUGACUAAAAAUUGGGAGAAUCCUUUAAUUGGGGGAGAUUUGUUAGGCCCUAAUUCUGAAAUGAAUGCAAUUACUAAUCAAAUGAAGAUUGUUAAUCCUUCGAUUGUGGUUAGUGAGGUUACUGGAUCAGGCCCUGCGAGUAAUGUUGAGUGUACUGCUGAUACUACUUUUAAGGGCAAGGAGGAUAAAACUCAGAAGGAUAAUACUAAUUGUAGCAAUGUUUUUGAGGAAUUCGAUCCGAAGGUGGGAUUUACUUUUCUUAAUGAUCUUAAGAAGCAAAUGGAGAUGGAUAAAAAUUUGAAGACUAAUGAAGCUGAGGUGAAUAAUAAUGGAGAUAACACACUUGAACCUAGUGUUUACUGGGAUGAGAAUGAGAAUUUGAUAAAUAUGAAGGAGGUUAUUAGUGAAUCUGAAAAUGAGAUGGCUGAUAGAGAUGUUAGUGGUCCACAGGUGAAGGGAUUGAAUUCUGUGGGAACUGUUAUUAAUAGUAUUAAUAGGGAUCCCUCUUUACUAGGGCCUGCUGGGAAAGGAAGGGGGAAACCUGAAGAUGAUAAUAAUAGGAAAGGGAAAAUUGAAAUGUCUUAUGCUGGAGCUUUGAGGGGCACUAUGCAUAAAGGGAAGUUAGAAGUGAAGUAUAUUCCUUCUGGUGAUGGGAGAGAGGAAGGACCAGCUGUUAUUCCUAUUGAAAAUCUGAAAGUAGCAAGUUUACCUUAUGCUAAUACCUUGUAUGGGUAUUUGAUUAAUAAGAAAGUUGCUUUUCCUGCUAUUCAAAAAGAAGUUAAAAGGUUAUGGAAGAAUAUAGGGCUUGAGGAUAUGUUUAUGAACAGUAAUGGGUUCAUCUUCUUUAAAUUUUCCAGUGAACAGGGAAUGCAAGCAAUGUUAGAUGGAAGCCCUUGGCUAAUAUUCAACAAUAUUCCUUUAUUCUUACAAAGGUGGAGACCUGGUCUAUCCCUUUCUAAAGCUAGACAUGAUAAAGUACCAGUAUGGGCUAAAAUAUAUGACCUUCCUUUGGAGGUGUGGAGUGGGGAAAAUCUUUGCAUUAUAGCUAGUAAAUUGGGAAUUCCUUUGGUUUUUGAUUCUUUUACUGAGGAGAUGUGUCUUCAGCAUAAAGGUAGGAAUGCCUAUGCUAGAAUAUUGGUUGACAUGUCUGCUGAUAAGGAGUGGAAAAGGAAGAUUGGAGUUACUACAUGGGAUUUUGUGAAGAAUUGUGCUGUUAAUCAGGAGUUUUUGGUUGAGUAUGCUUGGUAUCCUUCAAGAUGUAAUCACUGUGUUUGGGCAUACUGAUAAGGUAUGUAUG